ACGACGUAAACAAAGCAGUCAGCUAAGUACCGUUAGCUCUUGUUUCGUGAGUAAAAUACGUAUUAUAUCUGAUUUAGAUUAUAAAUCAAAUACUGGUUUAUAUUAUCAGUGAGCACAGCUACUAAUCUGCGUGGUAACAGACUCACUCGUGUGUUGAGAUUGAAAUCAAACGAGUUAACAAGAAACCGUUAGCUACUUUAGCUUUAGCUAGACACGGAUUUAUGUAUCUAUGCAAUGGAUUUGAUUUUGAAUAACGUUCAUCGAUCAGCUGGAUAAACACAGAGGUUUGGAUUUGAUCAUAUGGACUGAGAUGUUUAGUCUGAUGGCGAACUGCUGCAACUGGCUCAAACGCUGGCGAGAGCCUGCAAGGAAAGUGACUCUGGUGAUGGUGGGUCUGGAUAAUGCCGGGAAGACGGCCACAGUACGAGGAAUCCAAGGAGAGAAUCCCCAGGAUGUGGCUCCCACGGUGGGGUUUUCCAAGGUCGACCUGAAGCAGGGCAAGUUCGAGGUGACCAUCUUCGAUCUGGGCGGCGGGAAGAGGAUCCGGGGCAUCUGGAAGAACUACUACUCCGAGUCUCACGGCGUGGUGUUUGUGGUCGACUCCAGCGACGUGCAGAGGAUCCAGGAGUUACGGGAGACGAUGGCCGAGGUCCUCCAGCACCCUCGCAUCGCUGGGAAACCUGUGCUGGUGCUUGCCAACAAACAGGACCAGGAGGGAGCGCUGGCUGAAGCCGACAUCAUUGAGAACCUGUCGUUAGAGAAGCUUGUUAACGAGAACAAGUGUCUCUGUCAGAUCGAGCCAUGCUCGGCCGUUCUGGGUUACGGCAAAAAGGUCGACAAGUCCAUCAAGAAGGGCCUGAAGUGGCUCCUCAACAACAUUGCCAAAGACUACGAGGCCAUUACUGAGCGCGUGCAGAAAGACACGGCGGAGCAGCGCGCUCAGGAGGAACAGGACAAGAAGGAGAGGGCGGAGAGGGUGAGGAGGAUACGACAGGAGAGGGAGCGAGAAGAGGCAGAGCGCGAGGGAAGGCCCAUCGAGGAAGAGGAGCUCGCCGAGGAAAUCAUCCCAAAUCCCUUUCAGCCAAUCCGCAACGUGAUCUCUGUGAAUGAUGGCAAAGAGAUGGAGAGGAGGGAGGUCCGGACCAACAGCCCGAAGAGAGAUGCAGAUCACGAGGAAGAGGAGGAUGAGGAUGAAAACGACGAAGAGCCGAACGACACGAGACAAACGCCGGAAAAUCCCACAGCAGCCUCAACAGGUGAUCAAGAGAGGAAGAAGACGACGAGGAAGCUUCACCUGAAGAGGAAACACAGAGUCGACCCUCUGAGGACGGAGGAGGGUCCUGCAGAGAGUCCCCCCCCCCGACCAGUGGGAUGGGCAACUCCUAAAGCGUCUAGGCUGCCAAAACUAGAGCCCCUCGGAGACUCGAGACAUUCUGAAUUUCACAAGAAGCCUCUCCCUCCUCUCGCCAAGCGGCCGAACGGCGACUCUCACGACAUCGUUUUUUAAACUUCCUGUUACCGAUUGAGCUCGUCCAAUCAUGGCUCUCUCUCCCUCCUUUCUUUUUGUUUGCUUUCUGUCUCAAGCGAGCGCCGUGUAGACGCCAAACUCAGAGACUCCUGAGGCGCCGAAGACUACGAAACCCAGGAGCAUCAUGGGAAAUAAAGUGCUGAUGGGAAGCAGCUUACCCAGGAGCAUCAUGGGAAAUGAAGUGCUGAUGGGAAGCAGCUUCACAAACGGACGCGAUUGAGUGACGGUGCUUUCUUUAGACUGACAUUUUCUACUGUUAUCAGUGUUAGACGGUACAUGUGUCCCACAGAAAGGCUUUUAAUUGACUCAGAAUGUAAAUAUGUCCGCUCUAACCUUAUAUAUGUUUAUGUCUGUUUCUGAAUAAUGGAUUUGUACACACACGCCGCCAUUAAACAAUGACCAUAUAUUUGCACCUUCGGUUUUGUAGUGUAGACAAAAGGUGUUUUGAUAUCUCGGAGGUUAAGUGGCUUUUCACAGCUCAGUGCUUUAAAUCUGAUAUUUUUUAACGGUGGGAACAGUUUCCCUUUUUACAAAACAAGCAGACAUGUGUGUGUGAUUCGCCGCACUUCGCUGUACAUGGAGAAAUAAAUACACUACAUUAUUGUUGUUAAAAGGUCAAUUUUAGAGAUGAGUGUCCUGACAUUUCACUUUUUGUCUCAUAAGGGAUUUGUAUUUAUUGUUUAAAAUGUAAACAUAUAUUUGUCUACAGGGCUACAGAUUGUUUACUCUGUGUAUCUGCUUUGAAAGUGAUAUUUCUCUCGAGGCAGACUCCUCCUCUGCUGCUGUUUUUGUUCCAGCUUUUCCCGCACCCAUUUUCACUUUGAUAAAAAUCUGAAAAUAGCUAUAAAAUCUCAAUAAGCACAAAUCAGGAUGAAAGAACUUGGAAAGCCAACAUUGCCCCAGUUUAGAGUUUGCAGGAAGGGAGGAGAACAUUUCUUCGUCUGGAACCGCCAAUACUGGGUCAGAAGAACACAUGAUGUGCAGAAGAGGGAAAUAUCACUUUAAAAACAUUGAAUCCUGUAUUUCAGAUCCACAGCACUCACUCUCUGUUCAUGAGCUAGAUGUUUGAAGAAAUAUUUUUUCUACGCAGUUUGGAUUUUAUAACCGCACAAUAAAAUAUGUUUUUCCGUA